ACGGGUUAUAGUCUAAUCGUCCAAAAUUGAAUUGGUAUCGGAAAUUGAAGGAGAAGAAAAAGAAGAUGCCGAUGCGGUCGAUGCCUUCCUUAUAUCUAGACGAGGGAUAUAAGGUAGGGUGUACACAUUAAACAUCUAAACCCCCAAAAACAGAGAGAGAGAGAGAGGAGAGAUGAUGAAUUGGUAUCGGAAUUUGAAGGAGAAGGGAAAGAAGAAGAAGCUGCAGCGGGAGGUGGAGGCUUCGGAACAGCCGAUGCGGUUGGUACUGAAUCGGAGUCGUACAUGGAGUGCGAGUCGGAAUCCGAGAGAGCUUGAUGCUGCGGAGCGGAGAAACCGGAUGUCAGUAAAUCGGCUUCGAAGCCCAGAGGCGGAUUCAGAAAGCCCACAGGCGGAUUUUGAUAACAAAGAAGUAGAAGAUUGGACGGAAGAAGAUUGGGCGAAACUAUUGGAGAUUGGGCGGAAGAGGAAGAGGAAGUCGCCGGAGGUGACUCAGGAAAUGUUAGACAAUCUGGAAGAGGCGAAGAAGAGGACCGACUUUAGAUUACCUCCUACUAUUGAAGAUCUGGUGAGGGAAGGAAUGACCAAAGGGAAGAGGCAUAUUUACACCACCGAUCCUGAAUAUGACGAUGCUAGGCUCAAACAACAGCUUCAAUGGAUAAUGAAACACUAUGAUCACCCUAAUGAUUAUUAUUGGGCCAAAGAAAGAUUUUGUAUUUUAGAAGAAAGGGAAUACCAAAGAGAUGUCGCUGCUAGUGGUGGUUUUGAUGUGGGAUUCUAUCCUUUUCUGAGGUCCAGCUGUUUUUCUGGUCAAAUUGCUAGACACUACUGCCCCCCACUUUUCAACCUCGGGCCUGAGGGGGUUGCUGAAUUGUAUAAUCUCGCCAGUAUAGCAAUUCAAUUCUACAAUUCUUCAAUGGGAACACAAUAUUGUCUUACCAAUGUCAUCAAGGCAAUGAGAAGCGCUGCUCAGGGCUUGUGUUACUACAUCACUUUAGAAGCAUCAAUACAGCAAGAUGGCUUUGGUAAUAUAUUUCCCUUGACAUUUGAGGCCCAACUGUUUCAGUGGAUCCCUAUCGGAUCUGGAAAAAUAGAUAUCGACUUUGUCAGACCCAAGAUGGUAGCAGAAGCAGGACCCUCAGGCGCCUCAAUAUGCAUGCUGCCCCAGCACCAUCAUUCCUAACAGUUUUCCAGGGCAGUGGUAAUACCUCUCUUGAGGAUUAUGGAAGGCUUCAACUAUUUUAUAAAUAAGCUUGGGUUUGAUAUUCAGUUUUAAUGGUUACUAUUAGUUGUUUCUCUAAACUGAUUGUGGAUUGACUUGUGUAAUGUUUGGUUUGGUUCUCUCAAGACUUUCAAUUCUAUGGAAAGAUUAUAGAGGAGGGUGUUUCCUGUAGUUUAAAA